AUGGACUUUACUUACCGCUCAAUGCCUAUUCGAUCUCUCAGCAGAAUUAAUCCUUUAAUCAAUCAGCCAAAACAACAAAUUAAAGAUGUUCCAAGAACAGGCCAGCAAAGACUCUGAAUUUUAGUAUCCCAUUUCCUGUCAAUUCCAGAAAUUUUUAAUCUCAUGAAAACCUGUAAAAUGCUAUACAUUGUUUCUUAUGAGCCUGAAUUGUGGCAUGAUAUUCUUAUCAGUCAAUUUCAAUCGAAAUUUGUUUUAUCAAUAAUAAAUGGAUCAUACCAAGAUGUAAACAUAGUUACUCGGAUUGACUAUAAAUUAGAAGCAGCUAUAAUUGAUGAAUACAUCCCAAUUUACUGUGAUGAAGUCACAAAAGAAGAUGAAAAUGAUCUAUUUGAGCUUUUUCAAACGACUGGACUUAUUGUUGAUCAAGCUCCUCCAUUGACAAGUGCUGAUUUAAACAAAGUAGAUCCAAAUGAGUUUCGAAAUAUUGCACUUAUAUUAUAUCAAUUGAGCUGCAUUGAGUGCCAUAAUAUACAUUUCAUUAUCUAAAUACGCAUUUUUUGGUUAUAAUAAUGCAAUUAAUCCUAUUUAAUAUAGAAGUAAUAAAAAUUGACUGCUUUUAUUGUAAAGUUCUGAGGAAGAGUAUAUGUUUAAAAUGCUUGAAAUCGGAUAAAUAUAAAAUGUUAAGUAUCGGAAGCUGUAAGAGUAAAUUCAAAAUUACUCAAGAAGAGCUAGAUUCCCUUAAUUUAAACUAUGCUGAAGCAACUAAUCCUAUAAAUUAUGGGUUUUCAAAUAUGAAGCUUUACUAUGAGUUUCAAGUUAAAAAAGCAUUGGAAAAACAUAAAAUUCCGUCGUAUAUGAGAUUUAAAGAAAUUGAAAAUAAAUUGGAAAAAGAAGGAUAUGCGGAUGCAGUAAGUUUAGCUUAUGGUAAAAUUGUAGAGAAAUUUUUGAAAGGGAAAGAUGAUAAUUUAGAUAGAUGUGUGAUUUAUAUCAUUAAAAGAUAUGAGAGAAGUAAAAAUGCAGCGAAAAAUGGUAAGAAAAGGAAACUGAAAAAUUAA